AUUAAAUAGCUUUGUAAAAUUUUUUGUAAAAACUUUAUCAAAAUUCUAACUAUACUGAAAAUUUUCACUGUAACUGAUAAUAAUCUCUGCGACUGGAGAAUUUCGCGGAUUAGAAGUAUGGCUGGUUCAAGAUCUAUUCGAACAAUUUUAGAAAAAUUAGAAGAAAGUUUGAAUAUUGCGUGUGAGCAGUUAUCAGAAGAAACACCAAGUCGCGAAAAUGCUGAUUUUGACAAGGAUGUGUUUUGGGCAAACUUUAGUGGGGCUACAAAACUUGUUUCUCAUGAAGCUACCAAAUUUUGCUUAGCAUUUGGCAAAGAACCUUUACCUUCUCCUGAAGAAUGCCAAAUUCUUGCUAAUAAAACUGAAGAAAGCUGUUUAGCUCUCUUGACAGUUUUCUUUAGUCUUCCAAAAUCAAAAGAUCUCUUUGCUCCUGAUGAAGAAGGCCCUGUAUGUGUUUGCCAUCGAAAUCGAUAGAUUCGUGACUAAAAUGUACACCAAAACAAGGUUGUUUCUUUACCUGAUUUUAUGCGAUUUGUUCAUAAUUGUUCUU